UGGACGUGAGCCGCGGGUGGCGAGAACAUAUUACGAGUAUUCCUACGUUAUGGCACCAGUUAUCAAUUACGCAUGGGGAUUAUGACGUUAUCACCAAGCUGACUUUCAUCGGCACGUACAUUCGGAAAUACACGAUCCACAAUGGAAACGACAAAGCAAUUAACGGGAGCCUGGAGCGAAUGCGUUCUGGAUCUUUAAAUAACAUCCAAUCACUAAAAAUAUCCUUGACUCCGUUAGUUACUUGAGGGACACCUUGACGGAACUUACACUGAAAGCCAAUUGGGAAACAGCAGAUCAGUCGGAUGCCUACACGUUGCCCAGUUUAUCGUCGAUCUUAAUGGCUUGCCCUGGCUUGAAACGGCUUAACGUUGCAUUUUCGACUAGAAUUAUCCAGAUACCCGAACCCACGCAUGCAUCACCCAGCGAGCUGGAAUUGACGCAUCUCAAUUGGACAACCCCGUUUCGGCCAGAUGACUCGGAAGUUGAAGCAGUACUCAACACAUGCCCAAAGCUACAGUAUUUGCAAGUAGGCGGAUACGAGGCUUCAGCUCCUGUGAUGAAAAUCCGGAAACGAUACACCAACCUCCGGUACAUUAGCCUGGGUGAUGUGGAGGCAUAUGGUCCUGACAUGAGCUUCUGGGACGACGAAAUGAUUGACAAGGAACAGCAAUCGGAACAUAUUGGUCUGCAGGCACUCGCGAUGCCUUGCACAAAUGAUCACGCUUGGGUUGAUCUCCAAGCUUUGCUUGCAAUGGACACGAACGGUCUGAAGAAGCUGUCACUCUAUUGCGGAACCGAUUUCCCCGUUGAUUCCGACUAUUUGAUUCGACACUUUAACGGAGACAACCUGAACCUCCAUCGAACAUAUGCUGCAUGGAACAACCGUGCUCAAGUCGAUGCGACCAUCACAGCAACCGAAGAUAUCAACAACGUGGAAUCAUCCCGAAAAUACACCAUCACGUCAACAUUUGAGAUGGGGGACGAACGAGGUGUCCUGGGUUUUAUCAAUGCACUUCGUACAGGCACAACCGCUUUAGCACAUACCGUAUCCCGACUUCGAUUCUGGAACUGCCCUGGAUCAGCAAUCCUGUUACCAUUGCUAUUGGACCUGCCUUGCCGUCUGCAAGUGCUCCAAUUUGAAAACUGCGAGUUUAGUACAUCUAUUUUGGUUGGUUUCUUGCGAAGCCUCAAGACAAGCCCAUGGCCAACGCUCCAAGAGCUUGGGUUUAUCUCGAUCCCAUCUUUUACGGAUGAUGUUGUAGCCGAAAUUGCUGGCAUUCCGGGAUUAAGGCGUGUCGUUUUAUGGCGCUGCCAUGAUGUCACGGACCAAGGUGUGCUUAGUCUUCUCGAAGAGUGUUCAGAUUUGGAAGACAUUGACAUUGCUGAGUGUAGUCAGGUGAAUGACGAAGCUGUGCGCGAUGUCAAGGACAAACUGGUUACUUCCAAUAAUACUGCAUUGUAACCAGAGAAUGCUAUUUUGUUUACCUUCCACCUGAAAAGUUCUGUAAGGAGUAUAAUUUAUUUUUCUAAAAAGAUAUCCCACCACCUGCCUUAAUAUAUAAUUUAACAUCAUUCCUAUCUUCCAUUAUCCCCAUCAUCAACAAUC